CGUGUCGGUGGAGUAUCGGCCGCUGUAGACUCGGGCGCACUACUCGUAGCGGAGCGAUGGUGCUCGGAGGAGGCUGAAGUCGCCAGGGUUAGCACGGGAACACGGAGACGCACGGAGCUGAGAACUCUCAAACAACGACAGCACCGUGUUUACGUUGUGUUACCGGAGAAUAUGAGCAAGGAGGAUCCGCAAUGUCGACCCGCGUCGUUGAAGUUCACCAUCGAUAACAUCCUCAACCUAAAGUCGAGCGGCAGGGCGGCUGACGGUGGCGCGUCGAAGGCGCCGCUCGCGGCGGUGCGCCGGGAGGAGGAGUUCCCUCUGCCCGAGAACCGACUGCACGAGGCCGGACACGAGCGAGUUCACCUCACAGGUGAGGAUGCUCCAGCGGAAGACUCUCAGAAGGAUGCGGACGAAUCUCUUCAGGACGGUGGAGGCGCCAAGAAGAGCAAACCCGCCGCCAAGAAGAAGACCCGCACUAUCUUCUCCAAGCGCCAGAUCUUCCAGCUGGAGUCCACCUUCGACAUGAAGCGCUACCUGAGCAGCGCGGAGAGAGCGUGCCUGGCCAGCUCGCUACAGCUCACCGAGACUCAGGUGAAAAUCUGGUUUCAGAACCGGAGGAAUAAGUUGAAACGGCAGUUGUCCACCGAGAUGGACGGACCCAACGGGGACUUCGGCGACGGCGGGAAGGCGGUGCCCUUCCCCGGCAUGUAUAAAGAGAACAGUCUGCUGGGGCGGUGUUUGUUACCGAUGCCGUUGCCGGUGGUUUACCCCGGAGGCAGCGCGCCCUAUUUAUGCCUCUCAAACGGCACCAAAUACUUCGGUUUUUUCGAAGGGGACAUGUGACUUUCCUCACUGCCACAGCAAAAAAACUAAACUUAAAAACAAAAGAAAGAAAAACUCACCGCUUUCCGUGCACUUGGGACCACCAAAACGGACUAUAUACCCCACCCCACUUUAUCCCGGUCUCCUUUAUUAACUAUAAACUCAUAUUUUCUCUUCUUCUAUUCUUAUUUUUUUCUGAUGUGCAAUGGGAACGGUGAGAUCGGGACAUAUCCGCGGCGAGGAACGCGCUUCAAUUUCUAUGCAAAAGUUGAUGUUAUUUAUUAUAAACUGUACCUAUUUUGAUAUAACCGAACUGACCAUGUUUUAUACUCUCUAACGGUACUUUUUCGUGUGCAGCAGCAUCAGAUUGAGCAGCAGCCAUAAUUUAAUAAUUUAUGCACACUGCCAGUCGUGUUGGCUUCCUCACGUGACAGAAAAAUAAUAACCUGACAUGAACGUUUACAAUAUUAUUAUUAUUAUUAUUAUUAUUAUUAUUAUUAUUAUUAUUAUUAUUAUUAUUAUUAUUAUUAGGAUGGAUUCGUGUAUUUUGGGACAUCAGGUGAUAUGGGACCUGUAAGCUGUUUUUUUUAUUAUAAUGUUUUUUUUUUAUUAACAGUGUUAUGUCCAAGUAGAUUGAAUAAAUUCAAUAAUGAAAUAAGUAGGAAAUUUAAAAAUCCAUUCAGGGCCUGUCCCUGAGUGUCUCAUAUUACUACUAAACACACUGUCCUCUAAUAAUAAAGAAGGUGCUACUAAAGGUUCUCUAAGCAAUCUCUCACAACUCUUACAGUUCUCUCAUAUUUUAUUGUGAUUUUUUUUGUCAUUCUAUUAUGGCCUAUAAAAUCUUACAAAAAAAAGCACCUUUAUUUUUUUCACAACUAAUAAAAAGGUCUCGUAUGACCUUCUGUCCCACAGUACCUGAUCUCAUCCUACAAUUUUGCCAAAGAUUGAUCGUUUGCAUGCUUUUCUACAGCCUCAUACAGGCCUACUCCCCCACUGAGCUCAAUUAAAACCUAUUUAAAUGAAUGUAACUCUUACUCUAUUUUUUUGUUCACAGCAUGUUUUUAUGUUUUAUCAUCAGCGUUUCUUACCAGAGAAGUAGCUACCCGUUAUAGGCCUCUUCACACCUUUUAACUAAGUGUUAUUAAAAUGUCCUAUUUUACACUUGA